AUGGCUAAUCAGAAAAACGAUAGUACGUUGAACGACGAAAGUACUGAGGAUGAGGAUAACAGUUUAAUUGGGGAUCAACCAAUUGUUAGUUCUGCAGCAACUACGGCUACGAGCGCUGGUGUGUCAUCUUCUGGUGUUAGUUAUAAGGUUAAGAUCUGUCGGGAAUUAGGACUUCUCAGCAGUGUUGAUGGAGAUCGCACAAUGGCCAAGGUGAGAAAACACGGGGAACUAGAAAUGGUAGAAGAAAUUGACGAUAAUAUUCUACGAGAAUACAUUGAGCUGAGGCUUACUAAUGAGCGUUUACGGUUGGAGUCUCUCAAACGUGAUAAUUUGAAUAAGAUUGAUGAAAUUCUAACUAAACUGAUUGAUUCAAAGUUCCCGUUAGCUACUUUUGAUAAAAUGUUGCAGGCAUCUACAGCUAUCGGAAAUACAGGGGUUACUAGUUCUUCUUCAGCCAAUCCUACUAUACCUUAUAAUACAGAUACGGUUUCUGAACCGGAAACUACGGCGCCGCAAAUUAUAACUCAUGAACUUCACGACAGGAAACGCAAAAAGUUGGAAUCCAAGCCACCAGUAGGACUAUCCGUUUCUGCUCCCAGUACGCGCCAUCGCCGGUACCAUUCAGAGUUGGGGAAUACUUACAUUCAUGAGUCACCUACUCAGCAAGCGUGUUUAUUACCUCAAAUGCCCCAGAGGUGGACUCCAUCCAUACCACAACAUGGGCAGCAGCAGCAACAGCAGCAACAGCAACCACAUCAACAGCAACCACAUCAACAACAACAACAUCAUCAUCAUCAUCAUCAUCAACCACAACAGCAGCAGCAACAACAACAGCAACAACAACAGCAACAAUAUCAAGAAUCAACAUCGUCUCCAAGAUAUCCAGGACCUAUAGCAAUGAGUUCUAAUUAUACAUUUCCUUCAGCUUCCCAACCUCCAUUUGGACCACCAACGCAUCAUGUUGAUACAAUCCCUUCAGAAGCCUCCCUGGAAUCCCGUAGGAUAAAAAUUGGGCCCAUAACUCAAUUCUUGAGCCCGCGCACACACAUGGCACAUCCCGCUGGAACGCUUCCUGGAUUAUUAUCAAAACACCAACAACCAAAAGCUCCCCCACAAAACGAAUUGGUGGCCUCAGUACAUGGCGACAGCAGAUUCAUGUAUCCAAACAGUCCUGUUCUAAAGUCUGCUGCAUAUGUCUCACCAUCAUCAUCUACUCCCAGCUUUCAUAGAGGACACAGAAGGACACAGAGUGCCCAGGUAAGAAUGGUCCCAGAGAUGUCAACAUUUACAGUUAGUAGAUCUCCUACAAUCAUUGAACAUAGAGUUGAUGAUAUGGCACAGCAUAACGCUAGUCGUCAAUCUACACAACAACAAGGCUCUGCAUUGAGAAGUCCGCCUACUGGCGGUGGAGGUGUAGGUGGAGCAUCGACGUCUUCCAAAGUGAGUUUCCUAAUACAUACUCCUAAACACCCUCCUAAAAGGCAAUAA